AUGGCCGAAAAUACACGACGCGCCACUCCACCCCUAGACCUCUUAACACAAGAGCUAGAACCGAAACGGCUUCAUCGACGAAUGCGUUUCCUAUGGCUCGCCGGCCGCCCAGUCCCCCCACGCCCCCUGCACCACCAGCUCCUCCUCGGCCGCGAGAUCUUCGUCAGCGAACGCAUCGACCUCCACCUCGUCUGGGGCGGCGGGCGCAUCUUCAUCAAGCCCCUGCCGCGCUACCUGAUGAACCCCGACUUCUGGCGAGGCCAUCUCACCUGCCGAUGCCACCACCACCACCACCACCACGCGAGCCGUGGGCCAGAAAAGACAACAGCAACCAAACAACCCGAGACCACGCUAGAACGCGAGCUGUCCGAAACGGGCGCGCUGUGCUCGCCGCAGGAGAGCAGCGGCAGCGGCGGGGGCGAUAUGGGGCCGUUGUGCGACCGACGGCGCCUGCGGCAGUGCGCGAUGGGUUUCUUGUUGGGCUACGUGGCGCUGGUUGCCCAUGAGAGCGAUUUCCGGAUUGCGGCUGAGAAGGGGUUGAUCCCGAGCCAGGUGACGUGGUCGUGCUGGCGGAAGUUCGUGCGUGAGGUGCUGCAUAAGAGCCAGGAGAAUAUGUGGAGCGAUGUGGCGGAGCGGUUUAUCUACGGAGAGUUGAGGCUGAAUAGGCUGAACUUGAUCGAGGUAGUGUUGAGGGGGCCCUUUUCGAGGGGAUACUUGGCGACGUGGACGAGUUUUGGGAGUUUCUACCGCUACAGCUCGGCGCUUAUCAUCGCCGGCACGGCAUACAUUCUUUUGAUUCUGUCGGCAAUGCAGGUCGGCCUGGGGACUACUAAGCUGGCCGAGGACGACACAUUUCAGGCAGCCAGCUACGGCUUCGCCGUGUUUUCGAUUCUCGGCCCGAUGGGGGCUGUCCUAGCUUUCAUGAUCGUCUUUGCGAUGACAUUGAUAUAUAACAUGCUGCGAACCAGGAGGUUCGAGGCGAGAAGAGCGAGAAGGCUAGGAAGGUCUUGGGGUUCGAAGCACCAAGCGCACGAGGAUGGCCAUGCCACGGCCAAGCCUAGCCGAGUCUAG